AUGAAUACUACACCCUGUGCGCUUACAUUUCAGCCUGUGCUGGUUAAUACCACUGAGGACUUCAAUGACUCAAUCCUCCUCAGCAACAGGAGCAGCAAUGGAUUUUGUGAGCAAGUCUUCAUUAAAGCCGAGGUCUUCUUGACGUUAGGGAUCAUCAGCCUGCUGGAAAACAUCCUCGUAAUCCUUGCGGUGCUGAAGAAUGGAAACCUACAUUCCCCCAUGUACUUUUUCCUGUGCAGCUUGGCAGCGGCAGACAUGCUAGUGAGCAUGUCAAAUGCCCUGGAGACUAUCAUGAUUGCAAUCCUGAGCAAUGGCUACUUGAUCAUUGAUGACCACUUUAUUCAGCAUAUGGACAAUGUCUUUGACUCAAUGAUCUGUAUCUCUUUGGUAGCCUCAAUUUGCAACCUCUUGGUUAUAGCUAUUGACAGGUACAUUACUAUUUUCUACGCUCUUCGUUAUCACAGCAUCAUGACUGUAAAGAAAGCCUUAGCUCUGAUUGUGGUUAUUUGGAUUGCUUGCAUAAUCUGCGGCAUCAUGUUCAUUGUCUACUCGGAAAGCAAAACUGUCAUUGUCUGUCUCAUCACCAUGUUCUUUACCAUGCUUCUUCUCAUGGCCUCCCUUUAUGUUCACAUGUUCUUGUUUGCACGCCUGCAUGUUAAACGGAUUGCUGCCCUCCCAGUGGAUGGGGUUCCUCAUCAGCGGACCUGUAUGAAGGGGGCUGUGACAAUCACUAUAUUACUUGGGGUCUUCAUUGUUUGUUGGGCACCUUUCUUCCUUCAUCUCAUCCUCAUCAUUUCUUGCCCCACAAACCCACACUGUGUUUGCUACACCUCACACUUCAACACAUAUUUGGUCCUGAUUAUGUGCAAUUCAGUCAUCGACCCCCUAAUUUAUGCUUUCCGGAGUCUGGAAAUGAGAAAGACGUUCAAAGAGUUAGUAUGUUGUUGUUAUGGCAUGAGUGUGGGACGGUGCAUUCUGUAAAUGUCCAGUUUUGUAUUUGGUAUGGAAAGGGUAUACACACACUGGGUGUAUGUAUCUAAACUGAAUCAGCAGCUCCACAUUACAGUCUGUGAAGGAAGGAAGGGUACAGAAAAAAUAAAACCAAUAAAAAGAGAGAUUUUACUUGAUGUCUUUAGAAAGUUUUUCAAAAGGAAAAAGGGGAGGCGAUUUAUCAUUUGCUGUUGCUUACACGGUGAUAACAGAAGUGAAGCCAGAGCGUUCUGCAAAAUAGCUCAGAGUUCAAUCACUCUGAAAAAAUGAAUCUAUUAAGUAAAUGCUAUAUUAGACAGACUAAUGUAAUAUUCUCUUUACCCUAGUGUUUUAUUUUUAUGCCAUUGUCAACCAAGUCCGUAUAAUCUAAAGGGGCUAUCUUGAGUGAUAGCUACUUAACGCUGUUCAUUUCUAAGAGGGAUCAGAACACUGACAAGUAACAACAUGUUGUAGGUACCUUCACAAACAUCUAAAAAAUCCAAAGAAAGGACUAUAUUGACACUUGUGCUGCUGCUUGUAAAGCAACUUAAGAGAAUCUUUAACUGAUGAAAGCAAAUAUUUCACCUGAGAUGCUGAAAUAUUCCUUUAAGAAAACCAACGCGAUUACAUAUUGUUUA